UGGGGGACUGGGUGUAGUCCGCGUAGUUCGUUAUAAUACAAUCCGGAGUGGUAGUCAUGUCAAGGGUGUUGUCCGUGCGCGAUUGACUCGAAAUUGAUGCCCAAGGGAAAGAUGUGGCUCCAGUAUUACUGGGUGUUAUUACUGGGCUGUUUAGCGUUACAUCAAAUUCACGGCCAAUACCUCAACAACAAUGGCACGGUCACGUGGUGCACGGUCUCCGAGGGCGAGCAGAACAAGUGCCAGGCCUUCUCCAGGGCGGUCGAUCGCGAGAUCGGGGCGUUCGGCUACAAUUACUACUCGGUGCGGUGCAGGCAGGCGUUCAACAAGGAGGAAUGCAUGACCAUGCUGGACCGCGAGAUCGCCCAGAUAACGACGCUGGACGCCGGCGAGGUCUUCGUGGCCGGCCGAUACCACAGUCUCGUGCCGAUAAUGCAGGAGAUAUACGAGAGCGGCGUGAACUAUCAGUACGCCGUCGCGGUGAUCAAGAGGGGCUCCCUGCCCGACGUGCACACUUUGCACGAUCUCAGAGGCAGGAAGGGCUGCUUCGCCGGCGUCGGCACGCUCGCCGGCUGGGUCAUCCCCAUUAACACUCUCAUGAAGCACGGAGGAAUGGAAGUUCUCGACUGUAACAACCACGUAAAGUCGACGAUUAAAUUCUUUGGACCUAGUUGCGCGGUAAACUCCUUAAUUGAUAAAUACAAUCCACUUGGUGACAAUUCUGACCAGUUGUGCAGCCUGUGCAUCGGGAAAGUACCCGGCGGCAAGUGUACGAACCAGGAUCCUUACUCGGGAUACGAGGGGGCCUUCCGUUGCUUGGUCGAAGCGGGUGAAAUCGCCUUCUUGGUGCACACGACCGUGGAGGAGAUGACUUCGACGACAUUCGACUUUAGUUCCGUGAAGAAGGAUCAGUUCGAACUGUUGUGCAGAGACGGUACUCGUAGACCCGUAGACGAUUACAGAGUCUGCAAUUGGGGCACCGUGCCGUCCCGCGCGAUCGUCACGUCUUCGGCGACCAACUUCGACAUUCGUCGAAAGUAUCAGAGAUUUUUGGAGAGGACCGUUCGAAUACUGCACAAGGACAGGAACGGCACGACCAGCUUCAAUCGUUUCGACAACAAUCCGCGGGACUUCGAGAACCGUCCGGGUUACGACAGCGGUCCGCGGGACUUCGAGAACCGUCCGGGUUACGACAGCGGUCCGCGGGACUUCGAGAACCGUCCGGGUUACGACAACAAUCCGAGGGACUUCGAGAACCGUCCGGGUUACAACAGAUAUGGCGAGAGUGAUUAUAACAGAGGCGGAUUUAGAAGUCCGGACGAAUACUCCACGGACAAUUGGGAUCGUAGCGGAUACAAUCGAAGCAUCGGCGGCGGAAGAGGAGGGAUAGGAGGAUUGAAUCCGUGGGAGAAGCCCGCGUAUAACGAUACCAAUUAUUAUACCAGGGAGAGAGAUCACACGACCACUGAGUCUACGUUUGUGCAACCGAUAGAAGUGUUCGAGUUGUACGAAUCGGCGCCUAGAUACGGAAUGCAGCAUAAUUUAAUAUUCUCUGAUUCUGCUCGCGAUUUCGUACAAGUGUCCGAAAAAGAUCAAACGUACACCGGGUAUUUAGGAAGAUCUAUCGAUCAUGUAUUAGGCGUACAUCAUUGUCCCGUAAAUCGGAUGACAUUAUGCGUUACGUCCGAACCAGAAAUGGAAAAAUGCGUAAAGAUGAAGAUCGCCUUAAAAGCCCAAUUGCUGAAACCAGAAUUACUUUGUCACAGAGGCCACAGCCAAAUAAAUUGUAUGCAGUUGAUACAAAACGGGAUUGCCGACGUAACUGUACUAGAUGCCAGUGACGUCUACACCGCUGGACUGCAGUUCGAACUGAUUCCAUUUAUAUCCGAAGUUUACAAUUUGGGUACACCGGACUACUACGUUGUCGCCGUCGCGAAGGAGGAGGACGACAAUACGGACUUGACGUAUCUCAAAAACAAAUACACUUGUCACACCGGAAUCAACAUGGCUGCGGGAUGGGUUUACCCGCUGGCGUAUCUCAUCUCCAACAAGUGGAUUAGGGGAUACGGUUGCGACUCCGUGCGCGCCGCCGCCGAAUACUUUAGCAAGUCCUGCGUGCCGGGCGCGCUCAGCACCGAAUACAAUACAGGUGUGCCUUACGAUAACAUGUGCGACUUGUGCCACGGGGUGAGCUACCGAUACUGCCGACGAGACGCUUCCGAGGAUUACUUCGGAUACACAGGUGCCUUUAGAUGUCUAGUGGAGGGAGGCGGCGACGUGUCCUUCGUGAAACACACGACGGUCGCGGAGAACACCGACGGCAAGCGCAAGGAGUUCUGGGCGCGCAACACCUUCACGAAAGACUUCGAAUUGCUUUGCCCGGACGGCACGCGACGCCCGACGACGGAUUACAUGAACUGCAACCUGGGCAAAGUCGCCGCCAAUGCUGUAGUCACGCGCGGCGGUUAUUACGGCUACAACGAGACGCAGAUCAACGCGUACAUCAAUCUGUUUAUAUACGCACAACAGUUCUACGGCCGGAAGGAGCAGGACGAGUUCAGCUUCAGCAUGUAUUACAGCCCGUCGCCUUACAGCGAUCUCAUUUUCCAAGAUGCCACUCAGCAGCUGGUGGUAAUCCCGUCGAACAAGCGGGAGUACAGCGCGUACCUCGGCCCGGAUUUUAUGAGAGCCAGGAGAAUCGUAGAUUGUAACGCAGGCGCGUCUGCGAUACGUUACUCCCUGUUCGCCACGAUAGUUAUGAUCGCGUUUACUUUCGCGUUUGGUAGAUAAGUAUCGCGUUCGCGAAUUGCAUGCUUUUACACGAAUACUCUAAAAGAAUUCGUGCCGAGAUCACGAACGAAGAUUAAGAGAUCUGACAAACGAAUCUGAUAGAGCAUAUUUUAUCAAUUGGCACUAUUCAUACUAUAUUUAGCAAUAUAGAAUAUUUUAUCGCUGCUACGUAUUACUAAUAUUAUCAAAGAUAUAUUCUAAAUGUCAGUCAAAUAUUGUUUUAUACAUACUUUUUACACGUAUAUUUUUACAAAAGUACAAAUGACUGAGAGAUAUAGUUGAAUAUAUAAAUUUAAGCACGAUUGCUGCCUUUGCGUCCGUCCAACGGAGCCAUAUCUCUAAGUGUAUCCGUCCAAAUACGAAAAAGUUAUCGAUCUGGUCUUAUCGAUAAUUUUAAGGAUUAUUGUAAUUUAAUAAUUUGAUAUAUGUAUAUUUUAUACCGUCCACUAAUGUUUUUUCUAGUAAUAAAUCUUUAUAAGGUUUUUCAUGAA